AUUUUCCGAGAAUGAUACAGAAGUCUGUAAAAAUAAGAGCAAGGGGUAAAGAAAAUCCUAGUACAGUUGAUGCUAACUAUCAACUGUAUCAACUAUGGAGGCAGGCGACUAGUAUAAAUAUUCAGAGACAGGAAAAGCUUUGCUGUAAUUUUUGUCGAGCAUGAUUUCAGCUACGCUUCGUUCUUCGUCUCUUCUCAAGUUCAAGAACCGAUCUUCACGUCACCUCCUCCGUCAUUCUCUCCCCUUCAGCUCGCUCUCCACUCUCCUGCAAGGUCCCGUCUCCCGCCCCCACCUCCUCCAGGUCCAUGCCCGAGUCUUCCGAUCGAGCGCCCACCACGACAAUCUCAUAGCCACCCGCCUCAUCGGCCACUACCCGCCCCGCCUGGCUCUCCGGGUCUUCCAACAGCUCGACAACCCCAACAUCUUCCCCUUCAACGCCAUCAUCAGGGUCUCCGCCGAGAAGGGGCAGUCCUCCGAUGCGAUAUCCUUCUUCAGGGCAUUGAAAAGGCGGGAGAUUUGGCCCAAUGACUUGACCUUCUCUUUUGUCCUCAAGGCUUGCUUUAAGCUCUGCAGUGCUCUUUGUGUGCAGCAGAUUCAGACUCAUAUUUUGAAAGCUGGCUUUUAUGGGGACCCAGCCGUGUGUAACGGCCUCCUGUCUUUCUACGCUAAGGCUCUCCGAGACUUGGUGUCCGCUCGUAAACUGUUCGAUGAAGUUCCUGACAGGGGCUUGGUUUUUCACUGGACUUCUCUGAUUGCCGGAUGCGCUCGGUCAGGCUGCGACGAAGACGCCUUGCAGCUUUUUGUCGAACUUAUGGUGGAGAACUUGAGACCCGACGAUGAUACAAUGAUUAAUGUCCUGUCCGCAUGCUCAGCUAUUGAGAUCGCCAAGAUAGGGAAAUGGGUUGAUGUCCUCUUGGAAUUGACUAAACGCCCUGAUAUAGGUCAUGCCCAACGGGAUCCAAUAAACACGGUUCUAAUUUUCUUGUUCAGCAAGUGGGGAAGGAUCGAGGAGAGCAGGCAGAGGUUCGAUGAGAUAAGCGAUGAAGGGAAAAGGAAUGUGGUUCCUUGGAAUGUCAUGAUCACUGCAUUUGUUCAAAAUGGUUCUCCUAUGGAGGCUCUGAACCUUUUCCGUGGGAUGAUAGGCGAACCCAAUCGGAGCCCUAAUCACGUCACAAUGGUCAGUGUCCUCUCAGCCUGUGCUCAGGUCGGUGACUUGGACCUUGGCAUAAUGGUCCACGACUGUAUGAAGAAAGGCACUCUUGAAACGAACAUCAUUCUUGCAACUGCACUCAUAGACAUGUACUCGAAAUGUGGGAGCUUAGAGAGGGCCCAAGAAGUCUUCAACCGGAUUGCCCAAAAAGAUGCUGUCUCGUUCAAUGCCAUGAUCAUGGGUUUGGCGACAAAUGGAAGCGGCGAGGAGGCAUUGCGUCUAUUCCACAGUAUGAAACAAGUCGGUAUAAAACCUAAUGCUGGCACAUUUCUUGCGGCUCUAUGUGCUUGCACCCAUGGAGGGCUUGUUGACAUGGGACGUCAGAUUUUUUGUUACAUGACAAAACCAAGCAUAAGCCCAAUCAAGCCUAACUUGGAACACUAUUCAUGUUACAUCGAUCUGCUCUCACGGAUGGGCCACAUUGAGGAAGCCCUCGAAAUUGUCUCCUCAAUGCCCUUUGAACCGAAUGAGAUCGUAUGGGGAGCUUUACUCUCAGGGUGCCUUCUCCAUGGGAGAGCAGAGGAAGCUCAGUAUGUGUCAAGGAGGCUUGUUGAGGUGGACCCUGCAAAUUCUGCUGGGUAUGUGAUGCUAGCUAAUAUUUUGGCUGCUGAUCAGGAAUGGCGCAGCGUAUCGGUUCUCAGGGGAUUUAUGCGGGAAAAGGGUGUUAGGAAGCAACCCGGGAAUAGCUGGAUUAGUAUCGAUGGAGUUGUGCAUGAGUUUCUUGUUGGGUGGAAGGGGCACCCGCAGAUUGAGAUGAUCUAUCAAGCAUUACGUGGAUUAGAGAAGGCAAUGAACUUUCCGAGUUGAUCAACACGGACUGAUUGCUUCACAGGGUGGAUUUUGUACACAUAAGGCAGUUCCGGAUCAAUCUUGAAGGACCACUAGCCAUUGGGUAGGCAAAACAAAGAAUCCGACUUCAGGAUGAGCUCGAGGGAUGCUCCAGUAAUUUCCGCGUUUACCCCAGUGAUUAUUUGCUUAUUUGGCGUACCUCUCAAUUGUCAUUCCGGAUGGCUUGUGUCCUCCCUGCUCGAAAGCGCAAAGAAAAGGAAGGAUGGAGGUAUAUUUCAUAAUUAUGACAAGUGACAGCUCAACCUCAUUGCUCCAAGUAUAUGGCAGCCAGUGAACUGCUGAGAUUGAGAGUCGGGGCUCAUCAUUUUCCAAGUAUAUGGCAGCCAGUGUACUGCUGAGAUUGAGUCGGAGCUCAUCAUUUUCCGGACAAGCUCGGUGCAUAUUUGCAGUGACAAAUCAUUUCACUCGCAAUUCAUUUGUCAAAAAUUGGAAGAACAUGGGAUCACAGGAAAGAUAUCACAUCAUCAAUUCUUUCUUUGUUACAUACAAUGGCCAGACAAAUCUUUGCACUUGUUGCUUUGAUAUUUCUGUCAUUCCAUUCUAUUAUGAAUCAAGAAGUACGAUUCUUAACCGGUAGAUAGGUGGAGGUCCCUGUAGAUUGUGAGAUUUUCUUUUGUAACACUAUCGACUGGAAAACUCGAAGAGAAUGGCAUAAUAAUCU